AUGUCAUCAGUCGUUGACGUGAAUCGUUGCAUUGAAAAACUCGAAGCUGGACGUCUUCUCACAGAAUUCGAAAUCAAGUUUGUCUGUGAAAAAGUUAAAGAAAUUCUCAUCGAUGAAGCCAACGUUCAACGUGUCAAAUCUCCAGUCACCAUCGUUGGCAACAUUCAUGGUCAAUUUCCUGAUCUCAAAGAAUUAUUUAGAGUGGCUGGUAAAAUUCCCGAUACCAAUUAUUUGUUUUUGGGAGAUUAUGUGAAUCGAGGAAAUCAAUCGGUUGAAACUAUAUCAUUGUUGACUUGUUAUAAAUUGAGAUAUCCAGAGAGAAUAACAUUGUUGAGAGGAAAUCACGAAUCAAGACCAAUUACUCAAAUCUAUGGCUUCUACGAAGAAUGUACCAUGAAGUAUGGAAAUGUCAAUGUAUGGAAAUAUUUCACAGACAUGAUGGAUUAUUUGACUGUGUGUGCCUUGGUCGAUGAUUCACUCUUUUGCGUUCAUGGAGGUUUGUCACCUUCGAUCGCCACUCUUGAUCAAAUCCGUGUAUUAGAACGAUUUAAGGAUAUUCCAGAGGAAGGUCCAAUUACUGACCUCUUAUGGUCUGAUCCCAUGAAUGAUGAUGACGACUUUGGAAUCUCUUCUUCGAGUUCGCUGGAUUUUGGAAUUAACACAAGAGGAGCAGGAUUCAUCUUUUCACAAAAAAUUACCAAUGAAUUUAUGAAUCUUAACAAGAUUGACCACAUUGUUCGUUCACAUCAAUUAUGUAUGGAUGGAUAUCAAGUGAUUUGGGAUGGCAAACUCUCGACAAUUUGGUCAGCUCCAAAUUAUUGUAAUCGUUGUGGAAAUAUUGCUGCAGUGAUGGAAGUGGAUCGAGAUUUGAAACGAUUUUACAACACUUAUCAGGCUGCUCCUCGAAAGACCAUGAGAAGACAACGUUUGGAGAAGGAGGAGAAUGCAUUCAUUGGAAGUCAAUUUGUCGGUCAAAAUGUGAAGGCAGCUCAGCAAAUUAAUGUUCAAUAUUUCUAA